CCGUUAAAUCUUCUCAUCCAUCUUCCAACUUCUUUGGAUUUAUCGAUGUUUCUCUCUCUAUUUUCGUAGCUUUUUCUUGAACUGCACUUUUCAUUUCUUUUUUCUUUCUUGGGAAGAAAUUCCAGAUUUCUUCGUUUUCUCCGCCCCAAAUUUGGAUUUCUGUGCAAUCUGAGGUUUACACUGAAAACCCCUCAUUUGCUGGAUCCCGCGGUUUCCUGGUGUUUCUUUAACAAGUAUCAGAUUUUUGUUAGUGUGAUUGACUUUGAGGGGAACGAUCGAAGAAGGCUGAAGCUUUAGCUGGAAAAGAUUGACUUUGUGUUUUAGCUACAAUUUGAACAAAGGUUAGGUUUUAAGGCACUUUGCAUUAAUGGGCAAUUGUUGUUGUGCUGCGCCAAAAACUUUUGGUGAGAGCAGGGGAAAAAAGCCAAAUAAAUUUUCAGAUUAUAGUGGACAUGGGGAUGGUGGAAACAAAUCCUAUGUGUUGGAGAGCCGAACAGGGAAUGAUAUCAAGGCAACCUAUAAGCUGGGGCAUGAACUUGGCCGUGGCGAAUUUGGGGUUACCUAUUUGUGCACGGAUAAAUCGACCGGGGAGCAUUUAGCUUGCAAAUCAAUUUCAAAGAACAAGCUGAGGACUCAAGUAGAUAUUGAUGACGUGAAGAGGGAGGUUGAGAUCAUGAAGCAUUUGCCUAAGCAUCCCAACAUUGUGAGCUUGAAGGAUACAUAUGAGGACGAUCACGCCGUCCACCUAGUGAUGGAGUUGUGUGAGGGGGGAGAGUUGUUCGAUCGGAUUGUUGCCAGGGGGCAUUAUACUGAGAGGGCUGCUGCCGUUGUGACUCGCACAAUUGUUGAAGUUAUUCAGGUGUGCCAUAAGAAUGGAGUCAUGCAUCGUGAUCUCAAACCUGAAAAUUUCCUGUUUGCAAACAAGAAAGAAACCGCUGCACUAAAGGCCAUUGAUUUUGGACUUUCGGUGACAUUUAAGCCUGGGGAGACAUUUAAGGAGAUCGUUGGAAGUCCAUACUACAUGGCUCCAGAAGUACUGAAAAGAAAUUAUGGUCCCGAAGUGGAUGUGUGGAGUGCUGGUGUCAUUCUCUACAUUCUACUAUGUGGUGUCCCGCCAUUUUGGGCAGAAACCGAACGAGGAGUUGCUCAAGCAAUCAUCCGCUCUGUUGUGGAUUUAAAAAAGGAUCCUUGGCCUAAAGUCUCUGAAAAUGCAAAAGAUCUUGUGAGGAAGAUGCUCAAUCCAGACCCUAGCAAGAGGCUCACAGCUCUGCAAGUUUUGGAUCAUCCUUGGCUGCAGAAUGCACAGAAGGCCCCUACUGUUUCGCUGGGUGAAACAGUAAUUGCAAGGCUUAAGCAAUUCUCAAUGAUGAACAAGCUGAAGAAAAGAGCUCUUAAGGUUAUAGCCGAGCAUUUAUCUGUGGAGGAAGCUGCUGGAAUAAACGAAGCAUUCAAACUAAUGGAUUCAAACAACAAAGGGAAGAUCGACAUGAAUGAGCUGAGAGUUGGGUUGCUAAAACUUGGCCAUCAAAUUACUGAUUCAGAUCUUCACAUACUUAUGGAAGCUGGCGACGUUGAUAAAGAUGGGUAUUUGGAUUAUGGGGAGUUUGUGGCAAUUUCUGUCCACAUUAGGAAAAUGGGAACUGAAGACCACUUGAAGAAAGCAUUUGAAUUUUUCGACAAGAACCAGACUGGGUACAUUGAGAUUGAGGAACUACGCGAUGCCUUAGCGAACGAGAUUGAUUCCAAUAGCGAAGAGAUAAUUAAUGCUAUUAUACAAGAUGUUGAUACAGAUAAGGAUGGACGCAUAAGCUACGAUGAGUUUGACGCAAUGAUGAAGGCAGGUACAGACUGGAGAAAGGCUUCACGACAAUAUUCACGAGAGCGGUAUAACAGUCUGAGCUUGGAAUUGAUGAAGGAUGGGUCUUUAAAGUUUACGAACGAAGAUAACUGAUGAAAUUAAACUAGUUUGCCAAGUAUAUAACGUAUAUAUACAUACAUAGCUAAUUAAAGUCCAUGGAAAUAUACACGAGUAGAUGUGUUCGGUGAUCGCCUUUUUUUUUUCUUCCAUUUUUGUUGUUAAUGAAUCGUUCUUCUUUUUUCUGUUUUGUAUUUUUGUGAGUAUGUUAUUUGGCUAGAGACCGUCAAUAUGUUUUCUGGUUUGGAGGGUUUGAAGAAUGGUGCAGUUCUCUUCUUUUUAAUUUGUAAAUAUAAUACAUAUAGCUAUUGUUG